CAGAACACACCAAAUAAUAAUAUUAAUAAAAAUGAACCUCGCCUUAAGUGCAGUUUUCAUUGUUGCUUGUGCGCUCAGUGGAUGCACGAAGGCCGAGCAACCUUACACAGUGAAAAAUGAGGGCUUCGAGCAUUUCGAUGGAAUGAAAGAAACUGCUUUCCAGUUGGGUGAGAUGAAAAUUAUCGGACGUCAGCGGUACAUCAAUGGCACUGUGAAAUUCGUCGAGGAUAUGGCUAGCGAUCAUUUUAAAUUCCAAAUUGAACUCUUCUCCUCACCACAAGGUGAUGAUCAAUUCAAACGUUUGCCUAUGGGUGUGCCACGUACCACCAUUUGUGAGGGUUUAAAGGAUUUAUAUACGAAAGUAUUGCAACCGUCAUUUGUCGAAGGUGAAAAUACGAAUUUUCCUUUUGUGCCCGAAGAGGGUUUGUGUCCCAUACCGAAGGGUGAAUAUUAUAUAAAGAAUUUGGAAUUCGAUACGGACUCUUGGCCAAAUCAAAUACCAAGGGGUCUGUUAAAGGCGCAGUUGACUUUCUUCAAAGAUGAACUCAAUGUUGGUGGUGGAGCGCUACUCAUGCGUGUUGAGGAUCGCGAGUAGAGUGUAUAAAAUAUUGGCGUUGACCUUGUAUUGAGUUUGAAGUUUAAUAUCAAUAAAAAUAGUAAGAACUAAA